CAUAGAAUGUUUUUUCUUUUAGGCAGUGCUGUAGCAUCAGUAGCUGUUGAUCCUAGUGGCCGUCUCCUUGCUACUGGGCAAGAGGAUUCCAGCUGUAUGUUAUAUGAUAUUAGAGGAGGACGAAUGGUACAGAGCUAUCACCCUCAUUCCAGUGAUGUUCGUUCUGUUCGCUUCUCUCCUGGGGCUCAUUAUUUGCUCACAGGAUCUUAUGAUAUGAAAAUAAAGGUGACGGACUUGCAAGGGGACCUUACCAAGCAGCUUCCUAUUAUGGUGAUAGGGGAACACAAAGACAAAGUGAUUCAGUGCAGGUGGCAUACGCAAGAUCUUUCCUUCUUAUCAUCAUCUGCAGACAGAACUGUAACCCUUUGGACUUACAAUGGUUAGAGUGCAGCUAAUGGCAACCUAUGCAGAUAAAGCACAGAGACGUAAGACUACUAGACUUUAUUUAAAACAAGCAAACAACUUAGGCAUUCAAAGAGCAGCAGUUGACCAGAAGUGUGUCUUAGCCAGAAGAGGCAGUUGUCACAGAAUUUCUGAUUGCUAGGAGGUCUUGGUGUUUUUAGUAUUAUUUUGCAGUGCUUUCAGUCUUCCAUGUGAACUCAUGCUGCUGUGACCUAUUGUAGUCUUGUUGCCAAAGUCUAUUGGAAGAGCUCCUAUGUUGUUGAUGUGCACUCAAAGUAAUAUGAAUGAUGUGUUUACAGUUUAGUAUUAAUUGCAUUCCUUGGUCUUUGCCUCAAUGACUAUUUUAUAGAGAAACGUAAUUGAACUACACCUUAAUCAAGUCAAUAUAUAUUGAAACUAGAGCCACAUAAACAUAGAAGAUGAAAAUUUUACUUCUAUUGUUUUCACACUUCUGUUGUAUGCAUCACUUGGCAGGAAAAGGUCUGACUUUUUUUGUCUCCACAACUUCAACAUUGAUUUUUAUAAUAUAAUUAUGAACUUUUAAAGGUGAGUGGGCAGUAACUGCUUCUUGAUUAUAGUCCAUAAUAGAAUGUGUUUUGCUUUUCAUCUAAGCGGGGGGAAAUGUAAGCCUAUGGAAACAAAAUCAUGUAGUAAAACAGAAACGUGUUGAAAACAAAAUGUAGGUUUUGCUCUUGAAAUGUAAUGUUUCACUUUUUGAAUGCAACAGAAUACCUCUGUAUGAUGUACUGUAGAAAAGUAGAUUUGGCAGCAUUGUCACAGUGAGCAUAAUGGCUACCCAAUCUCUCAAAGAAAAAUGACACCAUUUAACACUUAUUAUAGACAACAGCAUGGCUUUAAAAUGCUGUCUGCAUGAUAAUUUUAAAAUCACUUAACUUCCCAGUCCAGAAGCUUAUUUAAUUUUUUUUUCUUGCACUGUUUAUGUAAUGCAGAAUUGCAGUUUUUUUUAUUUCUACAAAAAAAUUAGAUUAUAAUGUUUAUGUAUUUGUUAUAUUUUCAUAUUGUACAGUUACUUUUAAAUAUUAGGUUAUUUAUUUAUUUUAAUGCAUUUAAGUUUUGGGUUCUGAUUUACUAAAUUAUCUGUUCACUGUAGCAAG